AGGGGCUUCUCUACUCAAAGUGAAAUUUCCCUCAUUGAAUAUUAUACAGUGCAAACGCUCAUAACUGCUUAGUUGAGCCAAGUCUGAAGUUUAGUACUUAGCGUAGAGCUAGUCUCCAUUGUGUGUCUCAAGAAUCAAAACUAACAGAAGAGCUAGCCAUGGACCCAAUUGACUGUGAUCCUGAUAUGGCGUUGGAGUUUGCUAUCCAGAACUUAGGUGGCAGUGACUCAGAAAAUGAAGAAGUCGAAGCUACAGAGACCUUUGUCGAAGCAGAGAGAAGUGAGGAAGCAACUGGUACUCUGUUGGAGGAAGAGCAAGAAGGAGGUAGCGAGCUGACUCGGGAAAGAAUGGCUCGUAUCUACUCUCCCUCGCCAGUUCCAAGCAAUGCACCUUCUGCCGUGUCGGACAGCUAUGCUGACAGCAUACAGAAAAUAAGGAAGCCUGUUACAUUGGACACUGUGAUACAAGACAACCGUCUCUUCGGCCUGUUUAUGCGAUUUCUCAAAGAUCAGUGCACUACUCGUAACCUCAACUUUUGGUUAGCCUGCGAACACUAUAAGAGGGUACCCUCAGAAGGACAGCAGUACCUCUAUGAUGUGGCUAAAGCCAUCUAUGUCAAGUUUAUCAAGAGCUCAGCUACACAGAGAGUCACACUGCAGGAUUUUACAAGACGAAACAUAAAGAUGGGGCUGGAAUCAAAGAGAGUUACUCCUGAUCUAUUCAUGCAAGCACAGAAGGAGAUAUGGGGAGUGAUGAACAAGAAUGAACUGCGUCAGUUUCUCGUCUCUGGUGUGUUUGCGGAUUGUCCAAGUUACGCCAGCCUUGCUGAUAACAUCUCCCUGGCGUCAUCAGUGUUUACACCUAGCAUGGCCAACCCUACGCUGAACGUGUGUGGAGGGGGGUCUCUACAGCACUCAGGGUCAGAGGACUCUGCCUCUUUGUCAAGCUUCUCAACAGAAAGUGACCUGGGACCAAGAAGUUAUGUGAUGCAGCAGUUAUCCAGACCAUUUCCAACCUCCAGGAAUGCUAUCUCAGACUGUGAAGACCACAAGCCUCGUAGCCACCGGAGAGGUCCCCACAGCUCGACCUAUGUAACUAAAGACAAGCCUGUUACUGAUGAGAAAUUUGCAGCCCUUGUGGUAGACAGACUGCGGGCUGUCAUCAUGGACAGAGACGGCAUGACCCAGCGUGUGAGAGACAGAGCAAGGCAACAGAAAAUGAACUACGAUGAUAUAAUGGCGCUCGAGUGGUAUGACCUUCCAGAGACCAUCAAAUAUCUGCAAUAUGACACUGUUGUCAAUGGAGAUCGUGAACCAGCCAAUCAACUUCAACUUCAAUUCCCCAAGCCGGUAUCCCCUCCCAAAGACCUUCUUCAUAUCAACAACUUAGCGCUGUGUGAAGUCCAGGCAGCACUAAAAGAUAUGGAGAUCACCAACAAGGUCGAGGCUAGUUUCAGUCGGACAUCUGGUGCCAGCUCAGUGCUAUCUACCACCUCUGAUUCUGGCGUUGGCGAUACUAUGGCAACCAGUGGUCUUGUGACUCCCAAACAUGAUCGACUCACCCAGUAUGUCUACCAAAUGGACAGUUUACGCGACCGCACCUCUGAGAGGGAGCGAGAUGCACGAGCAGCUGCUAUGACUUUAAUGCACGCCUCCCCACACCCCGAGUCCCUCAAUCCACUAGUACCCAGUAUACGAUCUCACCCACCAGCAGACAGACACGCUAAAGGAAGACCGUACGGCAACUUCCCUGAGGCAUAUUCAAGCGAUGACAGCUCAUCUUGCUUCACGAUGACUAGCCAUUCAAGUGCUUCAGAUUUAUUUAUUCCUCGUCGCUCUUCUCACAGACCCACCUACUCAGAUAAUGAUGAAUCCAACCAUUUGAGGUAUCACAGACGACAACUGACAGCUCCGAGACGCUCCAGCAGACAGCAACAUGCGUCACAGAUGGCCCCCUCUCCAAUUGUGGAACACCAUCACGUUGCCCCUCCCCCUAACUCUGUAGUGGCCCCACCCAAAGGACAAACGCUGGUUGUCUACCACUUGGACCAGAUCCCAACACCAUUUGCAAUGCGAGUGCCUGGCACAAACAUCACUCUGGCAGACUUCAAGGAGAAGGUCUUAAAGAGACCAGGAAACUUCAGAUAUUUCUUUAAAAGCUAUUUGGAAGAUGUGGGGGAGUUCUUGGAAGAAUGCUCACAAGAUGCCCUACCACUGCCAUUGUUUCAGGGGAAGGUCAUCGGACGCGUGGAGAGAAUAGACUGAGACAUCGAUCUCUAUACUCUUUUUUUUUCUUCUUUGUACAGUUCAGAAUGUAUAAUAAUUAUAACCUCUGCUCUCAUUGCUUGCUUCAGUCACUUCUCCUCACACACAAGCACCUUUAAAACAUAUCUUGCUCAAUCAAUUUGACUCAAUAAUAUAUUAUUAUUAUACAACA